GGUAAUGGGCAGCUAAUGAAGGGUUGUAAGCAGAGAGGUGACUUGAUCUGUUUUACUUUUUUGGAAAAUCCAUCUAGCUGCUUUGUGGUGGACGGCCUGGUGGGAGGCAGGCAUGGAUGGACGCGAGGAGGCCCACACAUAGUUCUUAAAGGUUCAAGGGCGGGACAAGAAGUACAGACGGAGAAUGUGACCGUGGCCGAGGGCGGGGUGGCCGAGAUAACCUGCCGUCUGCACCAGUACGAUGGGUCCAUCGUUGUCAUUCAGAACCCAGCCCGGCAGACCCUCUUCUUCAAUGGCACCCGCGCCCUGAAGGAUGAGCGUUUCCAGCUUGAGGAGUUCUCCCCUCGCAGGGUGCGGAUCCGGCUCUCAGACGCCCGCCUGGAAGACGAGGGAGGCUAUUUCUGCCAGCUCUACACGGAGGACACCCACCACCAGAUUGCCACGCUCACUGUCCUGGUGGCCCCGGAGAAUCCCGUGGUGGAAGUCCGGGAGCAGGCGGUGGAGGGCGGCGAGGUGGAGCUCAGCUGCCUGGUCCCGCGGUCCCGUCCGGUUGCCGUUCUGCGCUGGUACCGCGACCGCAAAGAGCUGAAAGGUGUGAGCAGCAGCCGGGAAAAUGGCAAGGUAUGGAGCGUGGCGAGCACAGUGAGGUUCCGCGUGGACCGCAAGGACGACGGCGAUAUCGUCAUCUGCGAGGCGCAGAACCAGGCGCUGCCCUCGGGGCACAUCAAGCAGACGCAGUACGUGCUGGAUGUGCAGUACUCCCCCACGGCCCGGAUCCAUGCCUCGCAGGCUGUGGUGAGGGAGGGAGACACGCUGGUGCUGACGUGUGCCGUCGCGGGAAACCCCAGGCCAAAUCAGAUCCGCUGGAGCCGCGGGAAUGAGUCUUUGCCGGAGCGGGCCGAGGCGUUCGGGGAGACGCUUACGCUGCCUGGCCUGGUAUCCGCAGAUAAUGGCACCUACACUUGCGAGGCGUCGAACAAGCACGGCCACGCGAGGGCGCUCUAUGUGCUCGUGGUCUACGCAUCCCUCUACCAGCUGACAUCCUGCAUUAGAGAACUUGUGGCCAAGGUGUAGCUGUGGAGAGCUCGCCGGGGAGAGACGCUGCCUAGCUUCUGCUCUGCUCCUGUCUCCUCCUCU